GAACUUCUUGCAGGUAGAAUGGAUCUGGAGAGGAUCCAAGGGAAGGGGAUGGGAUGAAGGAAGUAUCGAUCGAAUAUGACGAUCGUGACGUAACCGGAGAACACAGACUGUGUUUAUCCCGUGACGGGGCAUGCGUCCCUGCUGGAUUUUUCUAUAAACACACGGGAGACCAUCCCUCCACCCGGCAGUCUAUCCCCUUCAACCCGGCAGUCGAUCCCCUCCGACCCGGCAGUCUUUCGUCGAAAGGGAAGAAGAAAGGAACUCCGUCCUCGAAUGAAACGAUGUGUCGGUCUCAGUGAGCGAGAGCGAUGAGCGACUCACGCUCGCGCGUGAGAUCGCGCCCGUGACCUCAGCGAUGUCAAGCGAGGAGAAGGAAUUGACCUUGGUGGGAGGGUCGCCGUGGGGGUUCCGCUUCCAGGGAGGCGCUGACACACCCGUCCCGCUUCGAGUCACCAAGCUCAUCUUUCGGGAUCGAGCUCAGUGCCCAAACCCGAUUCGACUGAGCUCGCUGGAGGUCCUGGCCGCGUGGCUCGUCCAGGUCAGUCCAAGCUGCGAUUGGUCUCCCGUCGAACGACGUCACAGGCGUGACGCCCUGUCAUUGGUCCUCGUUCGCUGGCCCCACCCACUUCUGGCACGUGCUCGGGCGUAUGUGGCCGUUCCGUGUUCACUUUUGAUUUUCCGGCAUCGAGUUGGCACGGUGUGA